AAAAGUGUUGCGGUGUGGAGGAAGAUGUAGAAGAACAUUUGGCCAUGAGAGCUCGCACAAAUUUCUUGCUACCUAGCGACCUACGCGGCUUCGGCGAAACUUGCUCCUCCGAGAGCUGCCCCUCCACCUGUUGAGUUGUUCGAGGGGCCAUAUCUACCAGGCAACAUACCAAACAUUGAUCUGGACACCACUCUUACGUUCUCGUGUACAUUAAAUCUUCCCUCUCGAAGAUACUUCGAUCUUUUUUACGUCGAUCAAUCCAUCCACUAGCUCCUGCGCAAAAAAAAUAAACUCCAGCAAAAUGGCGGACUUUCAAGGCAUUGCUCAACAGUUCGUCGAAUUCUACUACAAGACCUUCGAUGAGAAUCGCGCAUCUCUUCAGAGCCUCUACCGCGAGCAAUCCAUGCUCACAUUCGAGAGCGCCCCAUCUCAAGGAGCAGUGGCCAUCACCGAGAAACUAGUAGGGCUUCCAUUCCAGAAGGUCCAACAUAAAGUGAAUACUCUGGAUGCUCAGCCUACAUCCGAGGAUGGCGGCAUCAUGGUCAUGGUGACUGGCCAAUUGCUUGUCGACGAGGAGCAGAAUGUUAUGAACUUUUGUCAGACCUUCCAACUCAAGCGUGACGGCGGAAGCUACUUCGUCUUCAACGACGUUUUCCGCUUGGUAUACGGCUAGAUAAUCUAUCAUUCAUGGGUCAUUAUGGGAAUCAAAUAGCGUCAAAAUGGGUAUCGGUGCGGCAGGCGGU